GCGGGCAGAGUAAACACUGCUCCGGCGGCUAGCCUGCAGUCCUACCGCUCAGGCGUGAUGAGUUAUUACAGAGUUCCUGCAGUCUUUAUUUAAUAUUUACAGACAUGAACAAUAAACGGUAUUAUAACUGAAGUCGGUGAUUGUGGUUUUCUCUCAAAGACAGCAUUUCCUCAUUAGCGGUGGCUAGGCUAGCCGGGCGGCUCGGAGAGCGCUGCCCUGAGGUUGUGCUCGUUUCCCGGGGAGGAGCGGCCACUCGAGACCGGGGAUUCAGUCAGGGCCUGGUGUGAACACCGGGGAGAGGAUCAUGUCGGACUCGGACAGUGAGGACGAUCAGGACCGUCCCUUUCACCUGACCGGCUUCCUGUUCGGAAACAUCAAUGAAGAUGGACAGCUGGAGGACGACAGUGUCCUGGACACGGAGAGUAAGAAGCACUUGUCGGGUCUGGUCUCUCUCGGUCUGAGCACGCUCAUUACAGAGAUCACCGCCACUGAGGAGGACACAGAUCAUAGCACUGACGCUGACGGCUGGGUGAAGAGCACUGAUGAUGCAGUGGAUUAUUCAGACAUCAGUGAAGUCGCUGAGGAUGAAACCCGGAAAUACAAACAAGCUAUGAGCAGCAUGCAGCUGUCACACAGAGCAGAUGAUGAAGAUGACUAUGAUGCCGACUCUGAGGACAUCGAUGCGAAGCUCAUGCCCCCACCCCCACCCCCGAGCCUGCCAAUUAUUGCUAAGAAAGAAGACCCACCCACACAGAGCUCCAGUGUGAGUGAUGAAGGAGACGGUAUUAUUCUUCCCUCCAUCAUCGCUCCCUCCUCUGUCGGGGAGAAGGCGGAGUUUAGCAGCUCCUCAGACAGCGAGAGUGAGUGUGAUAGGCCAACACCCUCCGGAGGGGCGGGGCAUCAGUCAGCAAUCACGCUCCCAUUGGCUGGAAUUAUGCAGAAGGACACGACUAAAUGUCUGCCUCAAGUCACAGAGCUGUUCCCUGAGUUCAGGCCAGGCCAGGUUCUGCGGUUCCUGCGUCUGUUUGGUCCUGGUAAGAACAUGCCGUCAGUGUGGCGCAGCGCUCGCAGGAAGAGGAAAAAGAAACACAAAGACACACAUUCGGACACGCCCACUGCCGAUGGCGAAUCACACACCCCAGAGGGCGGAGACGACAGGAAAUCUGGGUGGGAUUAUGAAUAUGCCCCGCCCCCUCCACCAGAACAGUGUCUGUCUGAUGAUGAGAUCUCCAUGAUGGCACCGGUGGAGUGUAAGAGUGUGUCCGUGGUGUGUGAGGGUGAGGGUGUGUCCGAGUCGAGGCCGCGUGUAGCCGAGUGGCGUUACGGUCCGGCUCAGCUGUGGUACGACAUGCUGGGCGUGCCCGAGGAUGGGGCGGGGUUUCACUACGGCCUCACACUGCGCCAGGACAACACUGACACACACACUGAUACACACACUGAUACACACACUGAUACACACACUGAUACACACACUGAUGCACACACUGACGCACACACUGAAACAAGCAUUGAAGCACACACUGAAGCACACACUGAAGCACACACUGAAACACACACAGAUACACACACAGAUACACACACAGAUACACACACAGAUACACACACAGAUACACACACUGAAACACACACUGAAACACACACUGAAACACACACUGAAACACACACACCUAGCGAAGAGCAGAGCAGCAACCAAGACAAGUCAAAGACUGAGCUGGAGGACGAGCUCUUUCUCAUGGUCACACAGCUGCAGUGGGAGGACGACAUCAUCUGGAACGGAGAGGAUGUAAAACACAAGAGCACUAAGACCCAGAGGGCCAGUCUGGCAGGGUGGCUUCCUUCCAGCAUGACACGCAAUGCUAAUGCUUACAACGCACAACAGGGUCUGAGUCGCAGUAAUUCUCAGCUGAUUUCCCCGACUCCUCCCCCUAUUCCCAAAACUCCCUCUAUAACCGGCUCCAAGCGCGACAAACACAGCCAAGAAGUUCAUCAUGAGGGCGACGCCUCGUGGUACUCCAUUUUCCCGAUUGAUAAUGAGGAGCUGGUGUACGGGCGAUGGGAAGACAACAUCAUCUGGGAUGAUCAGAACAUGGAUCGUCUACUGUCUCCUCCCGUCCUGACCCUCGACCCCAACGACGAGAACAUCAUACUGGAGAUCCCCAGUGAGAAGGAGGAGAGAACGUCUCACUCUCCAUCUAAGGAGAACAAGAAGGAGUCGUCUCUAAAAAAGAGUCGCAUUCUGCUUGGGAAAACGGGCGUCAUCAAAGAGGAACCGCAGCAGAACAUGUCCCAGCCGGAGGUUAAAGACCCGUGGAAUCUGUCCAAUGAUGAGUAUUACUACCCCAAACAGCAGGGUCUAAGGGGCACGUUCGGGGGCAACAUCAUUCAGCACUCUAUCCCGUCAUUGGAGUUGAGGCAGCCGUUCUUCCCGACCCACAUGGGCCCCAUGAAGCUCCGUCUGUUCCACCGUCCCUCGCUCAAGAAGUACUCGUUCGGUUCUCUGUCUCAGCCUGGACCUCACCCAGUGCAGCCCCUCCUCAAACACAUCAAAAAGAAGGCCAAGAUAAGGGAGCAGGAGCGACAGGCCUCAGGGGGCGGAGACAUGUUCUUCAUGCGAACCAAUCAGGAUCUGACGGGUAAAGACGGAGACCUGAUCCUGGCGGAGUACAGUGAGGAGUACCCGCCCCUGAUGAUGCAGGUUGGCAUGGCAACCAAGGUCAAAAACUACUACAAGAGGAAGCCUGGUAAAGAUCCUGGUGCUCCAGAUUAUAGGUAUGGAGAGACUGUCUACUGUCACACGUCUCCUUUCCUGGGAUCACUCCACCCUGGACAACUGCUGCAGGCCUUUGAGAAUAACCUGUUCCGAGCCCCUAUCUACCUGCACAAGAUUCCGGAGACGGACUUCCUGAUCCUGCGGACGCGGCAGGGUUACUUCAUCCGCGAGGUGUUGGACAUAUUCGUAGUGGGACAGCAGUGUCCUCUGUAUGAAGUACCGGGACCCAACUCCAAACGCGCCAACACACACAUCCGCGACUUCCUACAGGUGUUUAUCUAUCGUCUGUUCUGGAAGAGUAAGGAUCGCCCGAGACGGAUUCGGAUGGAGGACAUAAAGAAGGCUUUUCCCUCUCACUCUGAGAGCAGCAUCCGCAAACGCCUCAAACUCUGCGCAGACUUCAAACGCACUGGAAUGGACUCUAACUGGUGGGUGUUGAAGCCGGACUUCCGUCUGCCUACAGAGGAGGAGAUCAGGGCCAUGGUGUCUCCUGAGCAGUGCUGCGCUUAUUACAGCAUGAUGGUAGCAGAGCAGAGGCUCAAGGAUGCAGGUUAUGGUGAGAAGUCCUUCUUUGCACCCGAGGAAGAAAAUGAGGAAGAUUUCCAAAUGAAGAUUGAUGAUGAGGUGCGCACCGCUCCCUGGAACACCACCCGUGCGUUUAUCGCGGCGAUGAAGGGGAAGUGUCUGCUGGAGGUGACUGGAGUCGCUGAUCCCACCGGCUGUGGAGAGGGAUUCAGUUACGUCAAGGUCCCGAACAAACCCACACAGCAGAAGGACGAGCGAGAGCCUCAGCCUGUGAAGAAGACAGUAACAGGAACAGACGCAGAUCUGAGACGUCUUUCACUCAAAAACGCCAAACAGCUCCUGCGCAAGUUUGGCGUUCCUGAGGAGGAGAUUAAGAAGCUGUCUCGUUGGGAGGUGAUUGACGUGGUGCGCACCAUGUCGACGGAGCAGGCGCGGUCAGGAGAGACGCCGAUGAGUAAAUUUGCGCGUGGCUCGAGGUUCUCCGUCGCUGAACAUCAGGAGCGAUACAAAGAGGAGUGUCAGCGCAUAUUCGACCUGCAGAACAAGGUGUUGGAGAGUACCGAGGUGUUGUCCACAGACACGGACAGCAGUUCUGCAGAGGACAGUGACUUUGAGGAGAUGGGGAAGAACAUCGAGAACAUGCUUCAGAACAAGAAGACGAGUUCCCAGCUGAGCCGAGAGCGCGAGGAGGAGGAGAGGAAGGAGCUGCAGCGCAUGCUGAUGGGGGACGAGGGGGGGGAGCGAGACAAGGGCAGGAAGGACCGACGCAAAGGACUCUCGAGCGCUCAAUCCACCGGUUCUCAUAAAGACGACGACGCGUCCUCGGUGACGAGUCUCAACUCCUCGGCGACGGGGCGGCGGCUCAAGAUCUACCGCACGUUCCGCGAUGAGGACGGCAAGGAGUACGUGCGUUGUGAGACCGUCCGCAAAGCGUCCGUCAUCGAUGCCUACACGCGCAUCCGCACCACCAAGGACGACGACUUCAUCCGUAAGUUUGCACUGUUUGAUGAGCAGCACAGAGAGGAGAUGCGUAAAGAGCGCAGACGCAUUCAGGAGCAGCUGCGUAGAUUAAAGCGUAAUCAGGAGAAGGACAAAUUCAGAGGACCUCCUGAGAAACGGCCGAAAAAGGCCAAGGAGAGACCAGACCUCAAGCUGAAAUGCGGGGCGUGCGGUGCGAUUGGUCACAUGAGGACCAAUAAGUUUUGCCCGUUGUACUACCAGACGAACGCCCCGCUCACUAACCCGGUCGCCAUGACGGAGGAACAGGAGGAGGAGCUUGAGAAGACGGUCAUCCACAACGAUAACGAAGAGCUAAUUAAAGUGGAGGGGACCAAGAUCGUCCUGGGCAAACAGCUCAUCGAGAGUGCGGACGAGGUGAGAAGGAAGUCCCUGGUGCUAAAGUUUCCUAAACAGCAGCUUCCUCCGAAAAAGAAGAGACGCGUCGGCAGCACCGUCCACUGCGACUACCUUAACCGUCCUCACAAGUCGAUCCACCGCAGGAGGACGGACCCCAUGGUCACCCUGUCCUCCAUCCUGGAGAGCAUCAUCAACGACAUGAGGGACCACCCCAAUACGUACCCAUUCCACACCCCAGUGAACAGUAAGCUGGUGAAGGAUUACUAUAAGAUCAUCACUCGGCCGAUGGACCUGCAGACGCUGCGCGAGAACGUGAGGAAGCGCCUGUACCCGUCCCGAGAGGAGUUCAGGGAGAGCGUGGAGCUCAUCGUCAAGAACAGUGCCACGUACAACGGUGCGAAACACCCUCUGACGCAGGUGGCUCAGUCCAUGCUGGACCUCUGUGAUGAGAAACUGAAGGAGAAGGAGGAGCGUCUGGUGCGCCUGGAGAAGGCGAUUAACCCGCUGUUAGAUGAUGAUGAUCAGGUCGCUUUCUCCUUCAUCCUCGACAACAUCGUCACACAGAAGAUGAUGGCCGUCCCUGAGUCGUGGCCGUUUCAUCAUCCGGUGAAUAAGAAGUUUGUUCCUGAUUAUUAUAAAGUCAUCAUAAACCCCAUGGACCUGGAGAACCUCCGCAAGAACAUCUCCAAACACAAGUAUCAGAAUCGAGAGACUUUCCUGGCUGAUGUUAAUCUGAUCCACACCAACAGCAUCAAGUACAAUGGUCCCGACAGCUCCUACACUAAGACGGCUCUGGAGAUAGUCAAUGUGUGCAAGCAGACGUUAGCAGAGUAUGAUGAACACCUGACUCAGUUGGAGAAGGAUAUCUGUACAGCUAAAGAAGCUGCUCUGGAUGCUGCGGACCUCGAGAGUCUGGAUCCUCUCACACCUGGACCAUACACUCCUCAGGGCCGUGGGCGGGGCCGACUGGGAGAGGAGGAGUCUGAUGUUGAUAUUGAAGGAUUUGAAGAUGAUGAUGAUGGCAAACCCAAAACUCCUGCUCCGGCUGAGGAAGGAGAUUUAGAUGAUGAAGAUGAGGAUGAUGAUAUGUUGUUGCCGGUGCGCGGUCAUCUGGAGGAUGAGGAAGAGGAGGAUGAUGAAGGCUCGAGCAGGCCGGUGCAGUCCAGCGUCCUCUACCAGGACCUACUGAUGUCUGAGGGAGAGGACGAGUGCAGCGACGAGGAGGGAGACAACCCCUUCUCCUCCAUCCACCUAUCAGAGAGUGGAAGUGACAGUGACCGGGAGGUGGGGCAUCAGGAAUCCACCCGCAUGGGUAUGGAGCAGGAGGAGAGCAUGAUGUCGUAUGAGGGGGAGGGGCCUGACGAGGACACGCACAUGGAUGACAGCAUCGUUAGUUACAGCAGCUAUGACGACGGAGACAGUCGACACCAGGGGCGGGGCUUCAGUCCUGAGGGGGAGGGGCAUGAACAAGGAGAUGGGCCUGGGAACGGAGUGAGUGAUGAAGAGGAAGAAGAGGAGGAGGACGAGAGUGAGGAGAGGAGGAGAGGGCCGAGCGUGCUGACCCGUGUCCAGCUGAGCGAGGACGAGGAGGACAGCGAGGACUUUCAGUCUGUCGGAGGGGACAGUGACAUGGACUCGGAUAACUAACGCACACACACACACACACGCCUCUAUGUUCUGUGUUUUUUAUGUUUUGUUUUUUUUUUACCUGCUAGAGACAUCUCAUUGCGUCACACUGUCUCAAUAAACGUGUUCAAAUAUCA